AUGAAAGAUAAAGUGUGAAAAGUCGUCGUAUUUUUUUAUAGAGUUUAAUUUGGUCCAUAAAUAAAAGAGGAGAGGAGAGGACAGGACAGGGACUGGACUCUAAUCAGAAAGAAAUAGCGGAGAAUCCCACAGGAGUGUACUCGUUAAAUUACACACACAUACCCCGUGUGUGUAUGUAUGUACUGGCAAAUCUCAUCAUACCAAAAUAAAAUAAUAAUUCAACCAAUCGUGUAAUAAUACUUGUACAUCUCUAUCUAUCUAUCUCUCUUUCUUUUCUUUCGUUUGUUGCUCUAAUGAUUUCAGGGUCUGUGAUCGCUUAAUCUCAGCCUCCUCCUCCUCCUCCUUUUGUUUGCGUGUGAUUGAUUCCCUUUCCAAUAAAUGUUCUUUCCUUUCCAGGUCUUUAGUAUUGGGUUGUUUUGAUUAAAGACAACACGCAAAUCAGAGAAGGAAAAGAAAUGGAAGGAGAUAUAUUUUCAGGAAUUGGGAAUGGAUCACAGUUAGGAGUAGAUGGGAAAGUACUACAAACAUUUCAAAAGAGCUUUGUACAAGUACAAAACAUUUUGGACCAAAACCGGCUGCUCAUCAACGAGAUCAACCAGAACCAAGAGUCCAAGUUACCCGUUAACUUGACAAGAAAUGUCGGUUUAAUCAGAGAGCUCAACAACAAUGUUAAAAGGGUGGUCGAUCUUUAUGGUGAUCUCUCAAACUCAUUUAGCAAAUCAAUGGAUGCUUCAUCUGAAGCAGAAUCAGGCGGCACGACUAAAUCUGAUGGCAAAAAGAGAAUUAGGUCUGGCUAAGCAAUUGAGCAAGUGCCGUGUGUAAGUUGUUGGUUUAUGGUAAUUCAUCCGUGACCUUUUACCACCUUUCGUUAGGAAUAUCCUUUUCAUAAUUGGCAUUCCAGGCUACUGAACAUCAUACCCUUGUUGUAAGUUUUGUUUAAAACGUCUUGUUAGCUUUUUCACAUGUCGUAAGCAUGCUUUCGUUCAUAGAUUUCAUAGUUUUGGUUUCCUGGAUUUCAAGGGACCCUACAAAAUCUUGAAAUUCAUUAGAAAUGCAGUGGGGUUUGAUUAAUAAUCCAUGUAAUUUCCGCUUUUAUGUAUUAAUAAUACUCGAACUCUUUCUGAAUAAACCAGCAAUUGUUUA